AUGGUUAUUGGUAGGAAGGUGCUGAUGGUCUGUGCACACCAAGCCCCGAGUUCCUUAGACGGAUCCCUGAAGGAAGUGGCAGAAGACCAGCUAAGCAGGCAGGGCUGUACUGUCACCGUGUCAGAUUUAUACACCAUGGACUUUGAGCGGAGGGCCACUGGUGAACCAGUGACCUGUUUCUCCCCAGGUGCGUGCUCUAACCCCGAGGUCUUCAGCUAUGGGGUGGAAGCCUAUGAAGCCUGCAAGAAGAGAUCUCUGGCCAGAGAUAUCAUUGAUGAGCAGAAAAAAGUUCAAGAAGCCGACCUAGUGAUAUUUCAGUUCCCGUUGCAUUGGUUCAGUGUGCCAGCCAUCCUGAAGAGAUGGAUGGACCAAGUGCUGAGGCAAGGGUUUGCCUACAAAACCACAGAUUCUGGAAGAAUCCCUUUGCUCCAGGGCAAAUUGGCAGUGUCACUAACCAGAGGUAACCAUAUGUGGAAUGACAUGAAGAAUACAGUCAGCGCAGACCUGCAAGCCUACCUGUGGCCCCUCCCGCACGGUGUAUUGCAUUUGUGUGGAUUUAAAGUUCUGGCCCCUCAGAUCAGUUCUGCUCUUGAGUUUACGUCCAAAGAAGAAAGACAGGGGAUGGUGACAUCCUGGACUGAGAGGCUGAAGACCAUCUGGACAGAGGAGCCCAUCAAGCCACGUUGUACCUUUAAACCAUGA